GGGAGCUGCUAUGGGCUGAACGUUUGUAUCCCUCUCCAAAUCUAUAUGCUGAAAUCUUAACUUCCAGUGGUCUUGCUAUUAGCAGAUGGGCCUUUUGUGGGGGAGGUGUUUAAAUCAGGAGGCUGGAACCUUCAUAAGUGGGAUUACCGCCUUAUUAAAGGAGCUCCAAAGAGUUACUGUGCCUUGUGUUGCCAUGUGAGGAUACAGUGGGAAGUCUGUGACCAGAAGACAACCUUCACCUAAUCAUGCCAGCACCCUGAUUUCAGACUUUUUUGCUUCCAGAACUGUGAGUAAUAAAUUUCUGCUGUUUGUAAGCACCCCCAGACUGUGGUAUUGUACUAUAGCAGCUCAAACAGACUGAGACAGAAAAUUGAUACCAAUACCGAGAGUGUGGCUGCUGUCACAAAUACUUAAAAAAAAAAAAAAAUGUAGAGGUGGCUUUGGCAUUGAAUUAUGGGCAGAGCCUGAAGAUGCAUGUUUGAAAAACCCUACAGUGCUCUGAAUGAACUCUGAGAGGCCAAGCUGGUGAGGAUUCAGAAAAGGAGAGCUGUAGAGAAAGCCUCAGUCUACUCAAAGCAUAACUAAAAGGUCAUGAACAGGAUGUUGGGAGAAAUAGUAAAGGCUGUGCUGAUGAGGUCUCAGAUGGAAAGAAGGAACGUGUUCCUGGCAACUGGAUGAAAGACGAUCCUUGCUAUGCAGUGGCAAGAAGCUUGGCUGAAUUGCGCUUUAGUCCCGGUGUCCCAUGGAAGGUAGAAUUGUGAGCCAUGAAAUUGGAUAUCUGGCUGAAACUAUGGCCACACAAAGUGUUGAAGGAACAGCUUGUCUUCUUUUGAAUGCUUACCAUAAAAUUCAAGAAGAGGGAAAUGAUUUGGAGACAGAAUGGUUGAUCAAAAAAGAAACAACUCAGAUAUUCGGAAAAUUUUCGGUCUAUCCAUACUGAAAGAAAUAGGAAAUCGUGUUCAUUAGAAAACACAAAGGCGGUGACCCCAUUUGACAGAGAUUGGUACAGAUCAACCACCUCCAUAGAAACUAGGAGCUACUCAUUAAGGUCAUGGGGAGAUUGGUUCGCCAUCUAAACAAGUCAAAACCCAUUUUCUAAGACAAUGAAAGAAUAACCCUGAGGGCAUUUCAGAGAUCUUCAGGACAGGCCCUCCCAUCACCCAUCAGUGGAGCAGAAUAGAAGGCACCCCGGGACGGAGUGGAGGGUGGGAAUCAAAGAAAGAGCCUCUGCUACCCCAGAACCACCUCACAUCUUGGGGUUAAGCUCUAGAAUCCCAAAUCUUGCACCAUAAUCCUCAACUGUCCCAGGUCUGUGUACCUCAGUUCUGGUCACCCCUACAGGGGUUGCUUUCUGCACCACCUUGCAGGAUACAAAGAGCCACGAAGGCACAGCUGCCUCCACCUAGAUUUUAAAUAUCCUGGAGCGCCUCCACCCAUGCAGAGGGCCACUAUGGGAGCAAGAGGACUGCAGAGUCCCCUGUGGGGCAUUGUCCAGCAGGGCCAUGGGAGCGGGAAACGGUCGACAGGAACUACCCACUAGUAGACCUGCGGGCAUGCGGUUCCAGCCCAACCAGGAAAAUCGCAGCAUGAGCUGUGCCUGGCAGAAUCCCGGGGGCAGCCCCCAGAGCUUUGGGGAUUCAAUGCAGCCUCAGUGAGCCCAGAAUGUGGGAUACAGAGUCAAGGCGGAUCACUCUCAAGCCCUGGGGUUGAAUGUCCUUUGCUUUGUUAGGGUUUGUUCUUCCUUUGGACCUGCUGCUGCAACCCCAUUUUCCAGUGGCUUCGCUGUAUCUGUGGUUUUGCUUUCUGUAGUUUCAUCAUUAACUCCAGCUAGAAGCAAUGCUCCUCUUCCUGACAAAGCAUCAGAAGGUCAAUGGUCUCCUAACUCCUGGUCGCCGUGCAUCACGUACCUCGCUUCCUCUCACCACGGAGGCAUUUUAUCAUCUCCCAGCACCUCAAGAAGGAGGUCUUUUCCAGAUUAUUCUGGGGUCAUCUGAAAGCCUGGGAAAACCCUCCUGAUGUGCAUCUCCAAUGCGGGUGGCAAAAUGACGAAACUCACUCCCUUCUUGAAUCACUACAUAUGAAGUCAUCUUUCAGCAAGUUCCAUCUCCUUUAGUCUCAUAUGGAAUGUAUCUCUCUAUCUGCUGUUAAACGACGAUGACAUGUCUGUAGCUAUCAGAAAGAGAAGCUGGGAAGAACAUGUGACCCAGUGGAUGGGACAGCCUUUUAAUUCUGAUGAUUACAACCCAGCAUGUCAUCAUGGACUAGUAGCUGACAGCUUGCAGGCAAGUAUGGAAAAAGAUGCGUCUUUAAAUGUGGAUCGUAAAGAGAGGUGUGUUUCACUCCCGGACUGCUGCCAUGGUUCAGAGCUGAGAGACUUUCCUGGGAGGCCAAUGGGUCACAUUUCAAAGGAGGUGGAUGAAAAUGACAGCCACGAAGGUGAAGAUCAGUUUCUUUCUCUGGAGGCCAGCACAGAAACACUAGUGCAUGUUUCUGACGAGGAUACCGAUUCCGAUCCAUGUGUUACAGAUGAUAAGCAGAUUUUAAGUACCCAAGGACAAAAAAUAUCAGACCAACAUAACAACAGAGGAGCAGGCUCCUCAGGAACGACACUGCCCAUCAUGGACAAUCACCAGAGUGACUCCUGGGGAAUGGCAGAUGGAGCUGACUUAGCACUGGUAGAAGAAAGAGGGGAGAAGAGAGUUGAUGGCGUUGUAAGUAAAAGCCUGGAGCUUUGUAAUGAGAUAAGCUUAAGUGAAAUAAAAGAUGCAUCUAAUAAAAUAAAUGUGUGUGACUCUUCGAAUGUGAAAGAUAUUGUGCCUGAGAAGCAAUUGCUUAAUUCUGCUGUAAUUGCUCAGCAACGAAGGAAACUUGACUUCCCUAAAGAUGAACAUGAAAGAAACACCUGCAGUGUAGUACAGGACAAGUUCUUGGCUCUUCCUUGCACGGACAGAGGACUGCCAUUAUUAAAAGCAGAUUCUGGAAGCUGCCUUCUGCAACCUCCUUCCUGCACUGGUGGAAUGUCAGCUGAAAAUGUCCUCGAGAAGAGUGGUUUCUCAGAACAUCAAAACAAAAGUCUCCCAAAGGUCAACUCAGGAGAGGGUAUGCAGUGUUUACACUUAAAGGAAACUCUGGCCACCCAAGAACCCACGGACAGCCCAGUCAGGCUUCGCAAAAGAAAGGAAAUAAGAGAAGAUCGAGAUAGGGCGCGGCUGGACUCCAUGGUGCUGCUAAUUAUGAAACUGGACCAACUUGAUCAGGACAUUGAGAAUGCCCUCAGCACCAGCUCCUCUCCGUCCGGCACACCAGCGAACCUGCGGCGGCACAUUCCUGAUCUGGAGUCGGGAUCUGAGAGUGGAGGAGAUACCAUUUCAAUAAAUCAGACACAAAUAAAUUUGUCAUCUAACACUGAAUCUACCAACUUAUCAUCUUCCACCCCAGUGACAAGUUCUGGAACCAAACCCAAGUCUACGGCACUUCCAGGAAUUUCAGACAAGGAAAAGGCUGAGAUUGAAGCCAAGGAAGCUUGUGAUUGGCUACGGGCAACUGGUUUCCCCCAGUACGCGCAGCUUUAUGAAGAUCUUCUGUUCCCCAUUGAUAUUUCCUUGGUCAAGAGAGAGCAUGAUUUUUUGGACAGAGACGCCAUUGAGGCUUUAUGCAGGCGUCUAAAUACUUUAAACAAAUGUGCAGUGAUGAAGCUGGAAAUUAGUCCACAUCGGAAGAGAAGCGAGGACUCGGACGAGGACGAGCCUUGUGCAAUAAGCGGCAAAUGGACUUUCCAGAGGGACAGCAAGAGGUGGUCCCGGCUGGAAGAGUUUGAUGUCUUUUCUUCAAAGCAGGACCCAGCCCCCAGGGCCCCCGAUGACACCCCCCUGAAGAGCGCGGCGAGCCAUGAAAGCAUGCUGACGGACCUCAGCGAGCGCCAGGAGGUGGCUUCGGUCCUCAGCCUCAGCAGCACGGGCAGCCUCCCCGUGCAUGCGCCGCGCGCUGGGGACACAGAGACACCCCGCACGAACUCCGUCAUCAGCGUCUGUUCCUCCAGCCACUUGGUGGGCCACGAUGACUCCUUCUGCAGCCUGCCCUCUCCCAAGGAACUGUCCAGCUUCAGCUUUGGCAUGAAGGGCCACGAAAAGAAUGCCAAGUCCAAGACGCGCAGCCUGCUGAAACGCAUGGAGAGCCUGAAGCUCAAGGGCUCGCACCACGGCAAGCCCAAGGCGCCUUCCAAGCUGGGGCUGAUCAUCAGCGGGCCCAUUCUGCAGGAGGGCAUGGACGAGGAGAAGCUGAAGCAGCUCAACUGCGUGGAGAUCUCCGCGCUCAAUGGCAACCACAUCAACGUGCCCGCGGUGCGCAAGCGGAGCGUCUCCAACUCCACGCAGACGAGCAGCAGCAGCAGCCAGUCGGAGACCAGCAGCGCUGUGAGCACGCCCAGCCCGGUCACCAGGACCCGGAGCCUCAGCGCCUGCAGCAAGCGGGUGGGCAUGUACUUAGAGGGCUUUGAUCCGUUCAAUCAGUCCACCUUCAACAAUGUUAUGGAACAGAACUUUAGGAACCGCGAGAGCUACCCGGAGGACACAGUGUUCUACAUCCCGGAAGAUCAUAAGCCUGGCACUUUCCCCAAAGCCCUCUCCAAUGGCAGUUUCUCUGCCUUGGGGAAUAACAGCUCCGUGAACUGGAGGACCGGAAGCUUCCACGGCCCCGGCCACAUCAGCCUGAGGCGGGAAAACAGCGACAGCCCCAAGGAGCUCAAGAGACGCAAUUCCUCCAGCUCCGUGAGCAGCCGCCUGAGCAUCUAUGACAACGUGCCAGGCUCCAUCCUCUAUUCCAGUUCAGGGGACCUGGCCGACCUGGAGAAUGAGGACAUCUUCCCCGAGCUGGAUGACAUCCUCUACCACGUGAAGGGCAUGCAGAGGAUAGUCAAUCAGUGGUCGGAGAAGUUUUCAGAUGAGGGAGACUCGGACUCAGCUCUGGACUCAGUCUCUCCGUGCCCCUCCUCACCUAAGCAGAUACACCUGGAUGUGGACCACGACCGAGCCACACCCAGUGACCUGGACAGUACGGGCAACUCACUGAAUGAACCCGAAGAGCCCUCGGACAUCCCGGAAAGGAGGGAUUCUGGGGUGGGGGCCUCCCUGACCAGGUCCAAUAGGCACAGGCUCAGGUGGCACAGCUUCCAGAGCUCCCAUCGGCCGAGCUUAAACUCCGUGUCUCUGCAGAUUAACUGCCAGUCGGUGGCCCAGAUGAACCUGCUGCAGAAAUACUCACUCCUAAAGUUAACCGCCCUGCUGGAGAAAUACACACCUUCUAAUAAGCAUGGCUUUAGCUGGGCAGUGCCCAAGUUCAUGAAGAGGAUCAAGGUUCCCGACUACAAGGACCGGAACGUGUUCGGGGUCCCUCUGACGGUCAAUGUGCAGCGCACGGGACAGCCCCUGCCCCAGAGCAUCCAGCAGGCCAUGCGCUACCUCCGCAACCACUGCUUGGAGCAGGUUGGGCUCUUCAGAAAAUCCGGUGUCAAAUCCCGGAUUCAAGCUCUGCGUCAGAUGAAUGAAAGUGCCAUAGACUGUGUCAGCUACGAGGGCCAGUCCGCUUAUGAUGUGGCAGACAUGCUGAAGCAGUAUUUUCGAGACCUUCCUGAGCCGCUAAUGACGAACAAACUCUCAGAAACCUUUCUGCAGAUCUAUCAGUGUGUGCCCAAGGACCAGCGCCUCCAGGCCAUCAAGGCCGCCAUUAUGCUCCUGCCUGAUGAGAACCGGGAGGUCCUACAGACCCUUCUUUAUUUCUUGAGCGAUGUCACAGCAGCUGUAAAAGAAAACCAGAUGACUCCCACCAACCUGGCUGUGUGCCUAGCGCCCUCCCUUUUCCACCUCAACACUCUGAAGAGAGAGAAUUCUUCUCCAAGGGUAAUGCAGAGAAAACAAAGUUUGGGCAAACCAGAUCAGAAAGAUUUGAAUGAAAACCUCGCUGCCACUCAGGGUCUGGCCCAUAUGAUUGCUGAGUGCAAGAAGCUUUUCCAGGUUCCUGAGGAAAUGAGUCGAUGUCGGAAUUCCUACACAGAGCAGGAGCUGAAGCCCCUCACUCUGGAAGCGCUGGGACGCCUGCAUCACGAUGCACCGGCUGACUACCAGCACUUCCUCCAGGACUGUGUGGACAGCCUAUUUAAAGAGGUCAAGGAGAAGUUUAAAGGCUGGGUCAGCUACUCCACAUCUGAGCAGGCCGAGCUGUCCUAUAAGAAGGUGAGCGAAGGACCUCCUCUGAGGCUUUGGCGGUCCACCAUUGAAGUCCCUGCCAUGCCUGAGGAAAUCUUAAAGCGCCUACUCAAAGAGCAACACCUCUGGGACGUAGACCUGUUGGAUUCCAAAGUGAUUGAAAUCUUGGACAGCCAAACUGAAAUUUACCAGUAUGUCCAAAACAGUAUGGCGCCCCAUCCUGCCCGGGACUACGUUGUUCUGAGAACAUGGAGGACCAAUUUACCGAAGGGGGCAUGUGCCCUUUUACUCACGUCCGUGGAUCACGACCGGGCCCCUGUGGCAGGGGUGCGAGUCAAUGUGCUUCUCUCCAGGUAUCUGAUCGAACCCUGCGGGUCAGGGAAAUCCAAACUCACCUACAUGUGCAGAGCUGAUUUAAGGGGCCACAUGCCAGAGUGGUACACAAAAUCUUUUGGACAUUUGUGUGCAGCUGAAGUCGUGAAGAUCCGAGACUCUUUCAGCAAUCAGAACACUGAAACCAAAGACACCAAAUCUAGGUGAUUAUGGAAGCCGAGUGGCUGUGUCCACUGUCCGGACGUUAGUUUCUGGACGCCCUUUGCCAGUCCUUGGAAGACUGGGUUCUGAGUCUAGUCCUGAAAAACUAAGAAGAAACUAAGAUGGCAUGUGGGGAUCAAUUGUAGCGAUUUAAGACGUUUUUAAAGCUGCUUCCUAUUUGUUGAAGGUCUAGAUUAUAGACCUUGACUGGAAUAUAUAAGACUGCAAAAGAAAAAAAAAAAAGUAUUCUUAUUCAAAUUGCUUCUGAGAAGCAAAACUAUAAAGACGUUACAGAAAAUAAUGAAGAUACUUCAUUCUCUUGCGAUACUGGUGUCUGUGUCCCUAUGUCAUUGUAUUUGCAGCGUGUUGGGGGACUGGUGUAUCCACUGGAGUAGAUGGUCCUCUUCGAGCUGUUUCUCACUGAGAUGAGCAAAGAAAGGUUUGCACAGAGGAGUGUGUGUAUGUGUGUUUGUUGCUGGUUGAAUGGCAGAGACGUAAACGUUGGAUGCGGUGUCUGGUACACUGGGAGCCUCAGAGAAGGAUUUUGAUGCAUCAGGUUUAGUUUAACCUGGAAUUUCUGACUGCCCGUGGACCCAUCCAGAAAGGGGACCCAACACCCUUGUUCACUUACUUUUUUUUCUCCAAGUUCUUAAGCACAUUCCUUUUUUUUUUUUUUUUUUUUAAAACCAACCUCUUCCCCUUAUAAAUAAUUGUAGUCAAUUGAUUCCUGUGUCCCUUCUCAAACACGGUUGUCUUUAGACCUGAUUGCAAAUAGUGAUAGAGUUUUUAACCAGUAUAAAUUAGUUCAGGGAAGAAACUACCCCCCUUUCCCCCUACCACACUUACUAGCUCCAAAGCACAGUUUCAUUUGGGGUUUUUAAUGUUUGUUUUAUAAGUCAAGAUAAAACGACUCAACACUCUUAACAUCUACUCCCGAAUCAAGCCUCAGAACAUUUUACCUGUUGGAAUGCUUUGCAUUUUCAUGUUUAUAACCAAAACUCUUGAGGACACACCAAAAACAUAGGAAAUUAUAUGUAUCCCAAGGAAAUCCCUGUAAAUUUAGCCCGCGGCAUUAAAAUUUAACAACAGGUGCUGGUUGUUGUUAUUCACGGCAUUUCUGAAAGCUACACAUGCUUAGUUGUUGGAUUUGUCCUUUUCAGCAAAUAGUUUUUCUGGUUUGGCAACUUUUUUUUUUUUUUUUUUUUUUUUGCUUUAUUUCCCCUACAUUUCUUUUUCUUUUCCUUUGUAACGAUGCCCUUGGACUAUAUUUUAGUGGUAAAGGAAAAUAGUUACCAUCGGGAAAAAACCCAAAAAGCACCAGCACAGUUUCUCGGAAGGGUAGGUGGUCUUUGUCUAGGUUGCACUGUAACCAUACAGACCGACUCAUGGGACAGUAUUAGUGAAUUUUGUAUGGAUCAGAAGUGCAUAACGUAUGAGUGAGAGUUGUAAGAAGGAUUUUUAUUUUGUUAUAAUCUAGUUACCAUUGUCAGUGUUAUUUCAAAGGUUCUUUGAAGAAUUUGUGGGGGAAGGGAAGAUUAGAGUUUUAAAAUUUGAGUAUUUUGGAUAUCAGUGUUCCUCAUGAAGAUAUACUUGUAUAUUCAAUUUUAAUAGCUUUCAGAUUUGUAAGAUUGUAUGUUGUAUAUACCAUUCUAUUAAGAUAAACAUGUAUACAUGUCCACUGUGCUUUCAAACAUAGAUAAAGCAUGUUAAAAAUUAUUAUUUAAAAUAUACUUGUAUUUAUACCUCAGAUAUUCUUUUGGGUUUUGUACCUCAAGGCUUUUGUUUUUUUCCUAAUGUAAAUACACUUUACGUGAAUACAAUCUAAGUGAAAAAAAAAAAGAGGUUUAUAACUUGCUCUAUAUCUGUACAGAAUAUAAUCCGUAAGUGCACUAUUAAAUGUUUAAAGUAAGGGAAAGGUCUGGCCUGCUUUCCUGUGUAUUGCAUCUCACGCCUACUCUUAAAACCACAGAUUGCAACGCAUAUCAUUCUAGCAGCAACUAAAAUGAAAAUCAGAUUUGCUGAAGGAAAAAUCGGACUGCAAAUCAUUCCAAGGCCAAACUGCCACUGAGCCACUCACUAACAAACAGGAAACCCUGGUGAAGGUUCAGGAAGCGUGGAGAUUCUCUCCUAACAAAGGUCACUAGGAAACGAUGCUGAGAAAGUUACAAGAAUAAGGAACCAGCGAGAGAAAGAUGCUCAGAAGCAAAGCCAAGGUCACCGUUUAAGUCCACAAAAGGUCUCUUUCCCACUGUUCAGCUUUCCUGUGGAAAGGAUUCCUUACAGUUUGACAACAGAAGAACUCCAAGGAUGUGAAUGUUCCAGGAACUCUGUAAGUCACCUCGAGUGCUACAACUUACUAAUUGUGACUAAUCACCUAGAUUGUAAGCUCUUUGAGGGCAGGGCUCUUCUACACAUCUUUAUAAUCCCCUACAGCGGCUUUCAGUGUUUUGUACUUGUAGGCACCUAAUAAAUUUAUUAUUUGCUAAAUGGAA